AUGGCGUCUUCCGAGACCGCGGGGACGCAGCGGCGCUCGGUCUCCCGGUGGUUCGGCCAGGGCGGCCCGGGUGCGCUCCCGGGCAAGGACCGGCGCGCCCCUCCGAGACGCGCCCCCUCCGAGGCAUGCUCCGGGCAAGGACCGGUGCGCCUCCUCCAAGGCGCGCUCCCCUCCAAGGCGCGCUCCCCUCCAAGGACAGAGCCCGGGCGCAGCCCGCGUGGCUCGCCGGGUCUGUGCUGCCCGGCGCGAGAGACGGGCAGUGGGGACCGAGCCACGCCAUCCACCUUCCUUGGCUGGCUGCACUGUGCGCUGCCCUCCUCUCUGUGGGACUUCAUGAGGCUUCACGUCGAGAUUAUUAAAGAAGCUGCCCUGGGUGUCUCAGCCCAUGGGUCAGGGGACACUUUCCAUACACCUGUGGUGGAGGAGGAGGCAGGCAUCCCAAUACCAGCACCAGGGCUCCUGCAGGUCACUGAGAGGAGGCAGCCCCUGAGCAGCGUCUCCUCUCUGGAGGUCCACUUCGACCUACUGGAUCUCACUGAGCUGACCGACAUGUCUGACCAAGAACUUGCCGAGGUCUUUGCAGAUUCUGAUGAUGAGAAUUUUACCAAUGAAUCCCCAGCAGGUCUGCAGCCAUUGCCCCGGGCAGGCUGCCUGCGCUCCCCCUCCUGGACAAGAGCAAGGGCUGAGCAGAACCUGGAGAAGCAGCCCCUUGGAGACCUGGAGCGGCAGAAUGCAAUUGUAGACACUUUCCUCACUGUGGAGGGGCCCAAGGAGGACUAGUGGUCCAGCCUUCCCUGGAGCCACAGGGCCAGGCCGACCACCACUGCGAUGGCAGCUGGGGAUAGUCCUCACCCCAGGGCCGUCUCCUCCUACCCAGGACUCCAGCUGUUUGCCUCCUGACGCCACAUCAGGGCCCCGGGCACCCAGCACAAGUUUAGCCCAGUGGCCUUGCAUCCAGCUGGUUUCUGCACCCUGGACCAGGGACGACACAUGGAGUGACUGCUCUGGCAAAACCAGAGUAGACAGCGGUGAGCCUUCCGGAAGCUCGUCUGUAGGACCAGUGCUCUUGUCUGCCACCGACCCCCCAUCAGGCUCAGCGUGAGACGGCAGCCUGUGAGGGACACUUCAGGAACCCUCAGGAGUGUGUCC